UCAUCAAGAUAGGUGGGAUUGUUUAUGCGGCAGCGGGGGUGGUUUUCCGAGAUCAUUUGGGUACGAUCAAAGUUAUGCAUGCUAUACCACUCAAAGGUGUACGCGACAGCUACGAAGCUGAGUUAAAAGCUGUCGAAUGUAACCUCAUUGUAGCUCGACAAUAUGGGUUCACAAAGAUAUUAAUACGGUUGGAUAACUCAUUCAUUGUUAAUGCUAUUAAAUGCGGCGAAUUACCAAUGAAAUAUUACGAUCUCUACAGGUAUGGAAUUAUUACUUUAUUUAUUUUUAUUUAAAAUUUGUUCAAAUGAUAUUUUUUUCAUUGCACUAAUGCAUUUUUUGUACCUACAGAACAUUGCUUCUUAAAGAGUUCAAGAGAUACGUGUUUGAUUACAUCCGUAGAGAGGGAAAUCAGGCUGCGUAUUUUUUGGCUACAAGAGCCAGGGAUUGGAUGCUACAACCAACAUCGAAGACUACUGUAGAAAUUUGCCGUGCUUUUGACACAGUAAGAGAUUGUUGCAAGGAUGACUUGGCAGAGCAGACUUACUUUAGGCUUAAAGCGCAGAAAGCAGAUUUUAUACAAGAUGGAUCUGAUCCAUAUGUGCAAGAAAGCAGCUUUGCUAAUAGCUCAACAAGUUUUCCCGGACCAGUUUCAGUUGGAAUUAUUCCUUUACAAGGAGAUUUUGAAAACGAGGAAACUAGUUCAUGUAUGGAAGAAUACCAAAUUGACAUUACUCGCAUAAUGCAAGUGGAAGACAACCGCACAACAGUUAUGAUCCACAACAUUCCCAAAAGGUAUGUAAAAUUUAACUAAAUAUAUAUAUACUAAUUUUUGUGCACAUAUGUUGCAUGUGGCAUGUUUUAUGAAAGCUUCUUGUGAUUAUAUACGUAUUAAUGAAAAAGAGUACAUCAAACGUCUAUUAACAUAGUGUACUUAACUAAAGAGCAUAAUGAAAAUAAGAAGUCUCUACAAUAUAAGACUAAUUAGCAAUUUACCAAUAAACCAACCAGCGUCGUCCAUGCUUCCUUUUGUUUGUGUUUCGGAGAAUGUUGUAGCACUUGUUCUUAGUAGGUUAUUCCUUGAAACCAUGUCUUUAUUUUUGCUUGCUUGGCCUUCUUUACUGGAGUCCUUAGAUGCUAUACAUUUAAUUGCUACUUUUUUUAUUUGUUCUUACUACUCUUUUGAUUGUUGUUAUCUUGGAGAAACAAUGUAGCAUGAGGCAUGGCAUACAUUUAGAGGAGAUUGUCAAUAUCCAAUAUGACCCCAAGACAAAAGUCUAGCUGGAACUUGAGUGAUUAGAUAACCUAAAAUGAUCCCAAAAUAUAGAACAAUGUCCCACAGCACCUAAACUAUGUUAAAAAGACACCAUUUAUGCUCUACUUCCAUACAUCGUCCUUUUGUGACAAAUUUCUCUCUCUCUAAAGUGCAUACUUACUGUUGAUAAUUGGUUUGAACAUAGAAAUGCAUAACCUCACAAUUGCACACUUCUACUAAACAAACAAUAAAAGAAGAAAAUAAUUUUAUUAUCUCUCUGUUUGUAAUUUGUAAUAGAGAAGAUACCAUUUGAUGUCUAGUGAAAAAAGAUAGGCAACUUAAAAUCUACUACGCUUAUGAAAAAGAAAAUGAAUAUAGCAUCUAGAUGAAAAGAAAUGCUCCAAAUGUAAACCUCAAAGCACUGUCAGAGUGCAACCCAAAUAUCUGAUGACCUUGAUAUUCUUAUUCUU